UAGAUAAUGUCUCUUUAGAAGUGUUAGGAACUAAUGGUGCAACAACCAAGUGAGGACCCGGAACGACGCACAUCUUCCUGUCCCAUGUCAGGUCAAAAAUGCAGGCUCUGAGGAGUCUUCAAAGGCUGAAGCCUGUUUUUAUUCAACAUGGAAACGCAAGUUUAAGAAGUGUGUGCACCACCUCCAAUGUGGUUCAACAGAAAGAUAACAUGUUUGUGAAGAUGGAGAAUCCGUACACAGAACCACAGAAAGGAUGCAUUCUCUGCAAUGUGAAAGUGGACUUCAAAAACAUACAGCUCUUGUCCCAGUUCAUAUCACCUCACACGGGCAGAAUUUAUGGGCGACACAUAACAGGUUUGUGUGGCAGGAAGCAAAAGGAAAUCUCAAAAGCUAUCAAGAAAGCUCACUCCAUGGGUUUCAUGUCCGUCACCCACAAGCAUCCACAGUUUAUGAGGGAUCCCAACAUCUGCAAUGUCCGAAAACUAGAUUAGUGCAUCACUAUUUGUUUUUCCUGUGCUGAAUAUGUGUAAUGAUUUUCUGUUUAUUAAAGCCUUUCUGAUCUGA